CAAUCAGUCUAACUCGGAAAUGCUGCCUACUAGCCAGACCGUUAAUAAAAUGCAACAGGAUAAUGAAAUUGGAAACCCCUUUGAAGGCGUUGAAAAUACUGUCGAAGUCAAAAGUGACGAUAAUAAGUCAACGAGUUCAGAAGAAGGUCAUGACUCACAACCUGAGGACAAUCAAUUCGUUAAUAAAGGAAAUCUUUGCAUUGAAAAUUUGGGUAACUCGCGAUCAUAUUGGUUUGUUUUAACACUGAAAACACUAUCUUGGUAUGAAAAAGAAGAUGAAAAAGACCAGAUUUUCACUUUACCAUUGAACGGUUUACAAUUAUAUGAAGUCGCACAGAAUCCACAAUCGCAGAAACACGUCAUUGCUCUAUUCUAUCCGGAUGGACGCAAUGUUUACCAAAAUCAAAAACAAUUAAAAUUGUCCAGCGAAAAUGACGAUGACAUAAAUACGUGGAAGCAAUUCUUUUCACGUUCAUUUAUUAGUGAAACAAAUAAAAAAGAAGAACGAGAACAAGUGGAUCCAACGCUUAAUGGAGAAGUUGAAGUUAUUUACGAAAAAAUCGAUUCAUACAUGCGCAUCGUUAAGAAGACUACUCGUGAUAUGGUUCCAAAAGCAACUACUUUGUAUGUCAUUAAGGAGCUUCAAGAGUACAUCAACAACACGUUGCUAAUAGAGCUUCUUGCUCUCCCAACUGAUGUCAAUACAAAACUAUUCGCAUUAAGUUCAGUUGAGGCUGAGAAACAUAAAGAAAAAGAAAAAACGUACGAAGCAUGCAAAGAAGCGCUCGAAAUCAUUCGAGAUGUGUCAAUGGAAACUGGAAAUGGCACCAUAACUGAUAAUGGAUUUUGAAACAAUGACUUCAAUACGAGUGAUGAAGUUGGAGGUAACCACAUAUUAGAGAGUCGCAAAGUUUUGUCGUGACAUUAGAAAAAUGUUUUUAAAAUAUCAACUAAGCAAACUGACCAA